AUGGGCCAGCGACAAUCUACUGGCAAUGCCACUCAAGACGAGGCGCCAGCGAAGGCAGACUACUACGACCUACUUGGCGUGGAAAGGACAGCGACCGAUGACGAGAUCAAGAAAGCCUACCGCCGGAAAGCCCUUGAGUUACACCCCGACCGAAACUAUGGCAACGUGGAAGAAACCACCCGACUGUUUGCUGAAGUCCAGUCUGCCUACGAAGUCCUCUCAGAUCCACAAGAAAGAGCAUGGUACGACUCACACAGAGACGUUCUACUACGCGGAGACGGGGCCGCUGGCUCCGGCUGGGAUGAGUUUUCAUACAACAUUCGCAUGACGACGACGGAAGAUGUGCUGAAACUGAUGAUGAAGUUUAAUGGUCGUGUGGAAUUCAGCGACGCGCCUAGCGGCUUUUUUGGUGGCCUAGAUGACUUCUUCAAGCAGCUAGCCAAGGAGGAAGACAUUGCAUGCCAGUGGGAAAACGAAGACUCCAUGGACUACCCAGAUUUCGGACACCGCGACGACGAUUAUGAAGAUGUGGUUCGGCCUUUCUACGCUGCAUGGACUGGGUUUGCUACGAGAAAGAGUUAUGCCUGGAAAGAUCAAUAUCGGUUGUCAGAUGCACCAGACAGAAGGAUUCGCAGGCUGAUGGAGAAGGAGAACAAGAAGAUACGGGAUGAGGCCAUCCAAGAAUACAACGAGGCCGUGCGUACCCUCAUCGCCUUUGUUCGAAAACGGGAUCCUCGCGUACAGAACAACCAAGUUUCCGAAGCUGAAAGGCAAAAGGCGCUCCGAGAAGCGGCUGCAGCACAGGCCGCGAGAUCAAGAGCAGCACGGCAGGCCAAGUUUCAAGGAUCCGGAGAAGAUGCCAUACCAGACUGGGCCAAGUCAAGGACAAAAGAUCAACACGAAGGAGGCUUCUCGAGUGAGUCUGAAAUCGAAGAACACGAGUAUGAUUGCGUGGUCUGCGACAAGACCUUCAAAAGCGAGCCCCAGUUCAUAGCACAUGAGAAGAGCAAGAAACACGUCAAACUACUGAAACAACUUCAGAAGGAGAUGCGGGUUGAAGGUGACAAGCUCAAUCUGGAUAGUGAACACACUGCUGCGGAGCACGGUGGUGCAGAUGUCGAUGCAGAUCAAGUCGCCAGAGUCUCUGAAGACUCGCCGGCUCAACAGGCACACAUAUCUGAAGGCGUGUCUGAUCCCGACGACGUAGACCCAACAGAUGAGAAACGCGGCACUGCGACGACGGAGAAGGACAUUGGGGUUUCUGAUGCCUAUCCAGAUGAAAACGGCGAUUACGCACCCCGAUCGGAUGUCGAAGACCGCCUGGCCCAAGAACCUUUCGAGAAGGCCUCUGUGACACUCGAGGAUUUGAGCUUGUCUGGCACUCCCGUUCCGUCCGACCCCGAACAAACAGGUCAGCCAAAGGUCGGUAAAGCAAAGCAGAAGAAAGCCAAAAAGGCUGCGCGGAAAGCUGCAGCGGAGUUCCAGUGUGUCGUAUGCAAGGCCGAGUUUCCUUCAAAGACGCGAUUAUUCAACCAUAUUGAGGAGGAGAAUCAUGCUGCUCCAUUGACCCAGGUAAAACCGGUCAAGGGUGGAAAAGGGAAGAAGAGAUGA